ACAUCUAUAAAUACCAGGGAAGAUAUAGUGUUGUUCCAUCAAUUGGCUCCAAUUCUCUGUGUUUCCUAUAUUUCAGUAACACAUAGAUCAUUCAAGAAUGGAGAUCUCUAAAAGUUCCGUUCUAAUCCUCUUGGUAGUGUUCGCCUCAAGCUUGAUCCAUGCCAAGGCAUAUCACGGCCUAUACUGUGGCACCAGAGGAACCCGAUGCUAUGGAAAGUACAUCACGUGUCCUGAUGAAUGCCCAGAAAGUGAAACAAAUGAACCUAAGACUAAGGUUUGUCACAUCGAUUGCAACAAACCUAUUUGCCGGGCUGUCUGCAGAAGUCGCAAGCCAAACUGCAAUGCACCAGGAUCAGGAUGCUAUGAUCCCCGUUUCAUUGGUGGAGAUGGUAGAGUCUUCUACUUCCACGGAAAGAGCAAUGAACACUUCAGCCUAGUUUCUGAUUCCAACCUCCAAAUCAACGCACGCUUCAUCGGACACAGGCCAGCUGGCAGAAGCCGUGACUACACCUGGAUUCAAGCCCUAGGAGUCCUCUUCAACUCCAAAACCUUCUCACUUGAGGCCACCAAGACACCCCAAUGGGACGAUCUUGAGCACCUCAAACUCACCUACAAUGGGAACCAAGUGGCCCUACCUGAAGGCUCUCUCUCCACGUGGCAAAAUGAGGAAAAAGAUGUGAAGGUGGAGAGAGUAGCGAGUAAGAACAGUGUCAUGGUUACACUGAAGGAUGUGGCUGAAAUAUUGGUCAAUGUUGUGCCAGUAACCAAAGAAGAUGACAGGAUUCACAACUACCAAGUGCCCUCUGAUGACUGUUUUGCUCACUUGGAAGUUCAGUUCAGGUUCUUUGCCUUGUCUCCAAAAGUUGAUGGUGUGCUUGGGAGGACUUAUAGGUUGGACUUUGAGAACCCUGCAAAGCCUGGUGUGGCUAUGCCUGUUGUUGGUGGGGAAGACAAGUACAAGACUAACUCAUUGUUUUCUCCUGAUUGUGGUUCUUGUGUCUUCUCAAAGGAAAGUUCAUCUGAGAAAGAGAUCACCACCCCACAAGUGAUGGAAUAUGGCACCCUUGAUUGCACCAAGUUUUCAUAUGGGUUGGGCAUUGUUUGCAGGAGAUGAGAACUAGUUUAUAUCAUUUAUGUUGUGUUGGGUUUAUUAAGAAAAAAUAAUGAGAUGCGUGGUUGAGGUGAAAAUUCUGAAACCUCGCUUCUGGGAAUAAUGAUUCUACUCAUGUAUUUGCCUUUGUUGUUUGUUCAGUCGUUCAUUAUAAUGUGAACUCUUGUAUUAAUGUACUUCCUGACUGCUAAGAAUAUGAAAAUGUAAAAGUGAACUGUAUUAUUUAAA